AUGAGGUAGGAGCGGGAGGGGGCGGGGGAGCGCGCGCGGCAGGAAACUCGGCGGCCAGGCGGCAGCGGCGCGCGAGCGGCGGACGGAGCCAGCGAGCCCGGCAGCGGCGCCAUCGCCCGGCCCCAUGGCGGAGACCAAGGAUACACAUGAGGAACAUGAUACGUCAACUGAAAAUGCAGAUGAUUCUAACCAUGAUCCUCAGUUUGAACCCAUAGUUUCCCUUCCUGAGCAAGAAAUAAAGACUCUGGAAGAAGAUGAGGAAGAACUUUUUAAGAUGCGAGCAAAGCUCUUCCGAUUUGCUUCUGAAAAUGACCUUCCAGAAUGGAAAGAACGAGGAACUGGUGAUGUAAAACUCCUGAAGCACAAGGAGAAAGGAACAAUUCGCCUCCUCAUGAGGAGGGAUAAAACCCUAAAAAUCUGUGCAAACCAUUACAUCACACCCUUAAUGGAGCUGAAGCCUAAUGCUGGGAGUGACAGGGCAUGGGUCUGGAACACACAUGCUGACUUUGCAGAUGAAAGCCCUAAGCCUGAACUUCUGGCAAUCCGGUUUUUAAAUGCAGAAAAUGCACAGAAAUUCAAGGCGAAAUUUGAAGAAUGCAGGAAUGAGGUAGACAAGAGAGCAAAGAAGGCAGGCACGGACAAAAAUGAUAGUGCUGAUAAAGUUGCUGAGAAACUAGAAGAGCUUUCUGUAAAGGAAGAGAGCAAAGAAUCUGAGAAGAAAGAGACCAAGGAAAAAACUGAAGAAAAGCAAUAAAUCAUCCUGGGCCUUGUGGUUUUUCCUUUUCUUUUUUCUUUUCUUUUCUUUUUUUUUUUUUUAAUUUUUACAAGGGACUUUAUAAGAAACUGAAUUCAACAUUCAGGUUGUUUUUUCUAAGCUUUUGCCCUUUUGAAGAUGUCUUCAGAAAAUCCAUUCCCCAGUCAUGAAAAUGUACUGUGCUAACUUUCUUUUCCAUAGUGGAAACACUUAUUUAUAGUCAUCCAAAAGAGUGAAUAAAACUUGAAAACAGCAUCAGAGGACAGAA